AUUGAUAUACUGUUCUGAGAACUUCAAAUCUGCGAGUGUCAUCAUUUCAAGGUUAUUCCUUUGCAACAACUGAGGUAUCUAUUCAGAAAUCACAAGCUGAUAAGCACGUGACUUCCCACCGGACGAGCAACCAGCAUAUUCUACUCCUGGUAUAUUCAUUUAUACGUUAUCAAAAUGUCGAAACCAACAAUCCUCAUCACUGGCUGCACGAAAGGCAGCAUCGGCUACUCAUUAGCCAAACAAUUCGCGGCACAAGACUACCACGUUUUCGCCACGACCCGCAACAUCGCCAGCAUGGACGAUCUCUCCACGAUACCAAAUAUCACUCUCCUGCCUCUCGACAUCACAUCGCGCGACUCCGUUCUCUCAGUCCACUCCAUCAUUGCCCAACAGACAGGAGGUAGACUCGACAUACUUUACCACAACGCCGGCUACCGCUCUCUCGGCAUGGCCAUCGAAUCCUCAGUCGAUGAAGCGUACAAGAUGUUCAACACCAACCUCUUCGGGAUCAUACUCCUGAAUAGCGUGUUUUCAGACAUGGUAAUCAAAACAAAAGGCAAGAUUGUGAUCACGGGGAGUGUUUCAGGGUAUACGCCACACCCUUCGCAAGCGGUGUAUAAUUCGAGUAAAGCGGCCGUGGAGCUGUAUGCCAAGACGUUGAGGAUGGAGAUGAAGCCUUUUGGGGUGAAGGUUUUAUUUGUCAUCACUGCAGGUGUGAAAACUGGAAUGUCGAGUGCACGGCUGACGCUUUCCGAGAAUUCUAAUUAUAGAUAUCUUGAAGGCAAGAUCAAUAAGGCUUGGGAGGAGCUGGAAGGUGACGCCAUGAGCCCGAGUGUUUAUGCUAGACAAGUUGUUGCGAAGGUUGUGAAAACGAGCCCGCCGGAAGAGAUAUGGUGUGGGUCUGGUGCAACCACGGUUUGGAUUAUAGAGACGCUUGGGAUACGUUGGGCGUAUAACAUCUUCUUUUCGAGGUUGUUUGGGUUGAACGCGAUGGCGCCAUCUUUCGAAAAAGAAAAAAAAAGAAAGUGAAGGGGUCUUAAAGGAGUCACUCAGGAGAUAGCUCGCUUAGAUCAACCACAGCACUUCCAACUUCUGCGAAGAGCACUUAUUUGAUAUUCCAAGGAACGAGAGGAAAGGAAGAAGAGACUCUUGCUUCUAUGUGGUUUGUUCAAAAGGGGAAAUAGUGCGAAUUAAUUCUGAUUCUAG